CGAACACGUUCUGGAAUAACGUCCCUUGGAUAAAUCUUUUGUCAUAGAAGAGACAUACUUGCGGACACUUUUUGACGUCACGCGUAGUUGCUACAAGCAAUUUGACGCUACUUUUUCUUGCUUAAAAUGGGUCUCCUAGCUCUUUUACGAAAGUUAAAGGGUUCUAAUGAAAAGGAACUGAGGAUAUUAUUACUUGGUCUGGACAAUGCUGGGAAAACAACUCUAUUGAAGUGUUUAGCAUCAGAAGAUAUAAGUCACAUCACUCCAACACAGGGAUUCAACAUCAAAACAGUGCAAUCAAAUAACUUCAAGUUAAAUGUAUGGGAUAUAGGAGGACAAAGGAAAAUCCGACCAUACUGGAAGAAUUAUUUUGAAAAUACUGAUAUUUUGAUUUAUGUUAUAGACAGUUCUGACGGUAAACGAUUAGAAGAAACAGGAAUGGAACUGAAUGACUUGUUGGAAGAAGAGAAGCUGAAUGGUGUCCCAGUGUUAGUGUUUGCCAACAAACAGGAUCUGAUGAGUGCUGCUCCAGCAGCGGAAAUUGCCGAGGGUCUCAGUCUGUCUUCUAUAAGAGAUCGACAGUGGCAGAUUCAGCCGUGUUCUGCUCUCACAGGAGAGGGAGUUCAGGGUGGACUAGAUUGGAUGAUUAAAGUGUGUUCAUCAUCUAAGAAGAAAUAAAUAUUUAACUUUCUCAUUGAAAAUAUCAUUUAUAUUAUAUUCAUUGUAUUCACUAUAUACUGUAAAACCCUUAUAAUUUUAAUGCAUGAAACCUUCACAACUGUUUGCAAAUAACUUAGUCAUAUUUGUAAAAUACAACAUAUUAAUUUUUUACUCCAGACUUAGGUUUAUAAGAAAAUUACACAGCUUUUCAACAAUACCCUCACAUGUUUUGCCAGGAAAGUGGUUAAAUUGGUUUGUAACUCGCAAAGAAAAGGCUUUGUGCAUACAGUUGACCACAACAAACUGCCAAAGAGAGUUGGAAAAAACAAACAUGUAAAUGAAAUGAAAUUAAACGGUAUUAAAUUAUAAAUUGUAUCGCCACAGGUAACUGUAACCCUGCUUACAGAUAUGAAACCAAUGUGUGUACAACAGCAUUCAUAUCACUGUAUUUUGUUAUUCAUGAUAUUUUCAGUCUUACGUCAAACAAUGGGGAUUUAAUAAUUAUAAAGUAUAUCUAAACUGCAUGUGAUUAUAAAGUCUAUCGAGAUUGCAUGUCCGAUAUAAGGGUUUUACAGUAUUUUUGACAUAUAUGCCCCUUGCUGUCAUAAUAGCAUAUGGCUGUGAUCACUGUUCACACACGACUACACAGACGGAUGAGAUUGUUUCUCAUACUAAACUUCUUUCUUGUAUUAACUAGAUUAACACACCAACUGUGCUGCUGGUGAUUUGUGUUUCUGUCAGAAGCUGGUUCUCGUUGUUCGAUGUAUUUUUGUCUCACUUUUCACAAGGAACUAACUCACGCUUCCCAAGUCCUUUCUUUUGCUGUACAAUACAAAGGCCCAUUUCCCUAAUGACUGUUCUGCCAGUUAACCGACCUCAUUCUUUUGGUUAUGUUAUAAAAUAUGAAUAAAUUUUGUUAAGAAGUAGUUAUAAGGUUAUGAGAAAAUUGUUACCAAUAUUGCAUCAGCAUUUGAGAAAUGUGCCAUGAAUAAUCUUACCAGUGAUUGUACGUGAAGUGAUAGAUAUUUGACCAAGAUUUUGGUGCAUUUUAUGUUGGUGUCUGUGAAAGUUAUUAAUACACAUAGAUCUUAUCAUACACUGGUUUUUAAAUAUUAUAUGGUACAUCCACAUAUGCUAUAUGGACAGUCUGCAUUUAUAUUUUUUUCCGGUAAUGGUAUGUUAAUCAAUCAUGUAUGGGUUUUUCACCUUACAAUAAAUUAAUAAAAUUGUAUGUUUAUUUUAUCACUUCCGACUUAAACGCCGCAACCUUUGGGUGGGGGUAGACAUAGUUAAAAUUGCAUUUUUUAUUCAUAUUCCGUCCAUUUUAUCAAAAUUAUUAUAUUAUUGUGAACAUUGUCCAGUUAUCACUGCUGUUAUUACCAUAAUUAAUAUUCUUCAACAGUGUCCAAUAUUUUCAGUGUGUUUGUAUAAUCUCUCCAAUUUUGUAACUUUCCUGCAAAGGAGGAAGAUAUUUUGUAAUAUGGUAUAACUCUAGGGGCAGUAAUUACAGUUAUCUUAUAGGAUUAUUUCACAUGGUGAUGUUAAUCAUCCGGUUUUAUUGUGGUGUCAUUUGGUUAGUUAUCACUUGAUGUUUGAUCCUCGUCUUAAAUUCAUAUUUAUACAUCAAUAACCACUUGUGAUUUGAGGUUGGGCAUAGUGAAUGUUCAUCAUCCGUCAUUUAUAUUUUAUUACUGGGACGAUACAUCAAUUUUGACAGUGUUAUCCAAUAGAUAAAAUUGGGUGGGGAGAUGCUUGUUUUUGUGUACAAAAAAUCAAUUUAUAUUUUUAAGUCAUUUACUGUUGUGGUUUUUAUAAUUCAGAUAACACAUAAAGUAGUUGUUGGUGAAAGUGGUUGUGAUACUGUUUUUUUAAUUAUAUUUUUUGUUUUGUUUUUGUAGUUGUUGAUGUAAUGUAAACAUUUGGGUUUUUUCAAUAUAGGCCUAUUUAUGAUGUGUCACAGUAUAUUGUAAUUGCUUGAAUAGGUGGGGUUUGUUUUAAACCAAAAUAUUUUUUUUGAUCAUUAAACAGUUUGUUCUUCAUUGUAUGAUCAUAAAAUUCAGUAAGCACUAUUGUAUUACCUAUAAUGAUUUCCAUUUUCACGAAGUCCCGCUUUCCAUUAAAUAGAUUCCAUGCACAAUUUAUCGUACUCAUUUAUAUGUGUAGAAAAGGUACUUUUUAAGUACAUUGUAUCGAUAAACUCAUGUGUGGAAAUGCAUCAAUGGAAAGCAGUACAAUUCGAUACGGUAUAAAUAGCCGUAUUAUGCAGCAUGGAGAAAUAGACAUGGAUAUGAUACCAAUUUAAAAAUAAAUGCUGGGUUCUUUUUUGGCAUUUUAGAUCAAAUUCAAUAGAUUCAGCAGACCUCGCUAUAAACAAAAUUGUGGCAAGUGGUUACUUGCUUCCCUAGCUUAGAUUAUGGGGAGCCAUUUAAGAUAUUACUAUACUGGUACUGAUAAUAUACUGAUACUCUCCUUGAACUAGUCCUUUUAGUCUACUACAGUUUAAAAAAAACCCAAUCUUAAUAAAGUCGGUGUUGUGCUAGAACCAUGUGAAUCCUGUUUUAAUGUUUUGUAAUAUUAUUUUCACCCCGUCACUUUUUUAUGUGAUUGCAAGAACUUAAAAAAUAAUGUAUAUUGUGUGUAUUUUUAAAUUAACUUUUAUACCUUGUUGAGUUCAUUGCACACGUACCGGUACAUGUUAGCUGACAAGUUGUUGAAAGUGGUUAUUUUUCUAAACAAAACUACUUUGAUUCUGUUGUUGAAAUUAAAGUUCCGGCAUAUUAUUUGAGUUUCAUUUUUGUAUCACUUGUUUCAUAAUAGGGUUUCUAAGAUCAAAGUGAAUUUUCUAUUUUUUGCAUAAAUGUUUAAUAUGUCUUGGAGACCUUUUGUGAAAACCUGCUAUUUUUAUAACCUGCCAACUUGAUAACUGGAAAUUAAGCAAAACAAAACACAACCCCCAAAACACAUUAGUUUUUAAAUUUAUUUUAACUGGAGUUAGUCAUUUUAAAAUAUAGUUGUCAAUAUUGUAAUACAAUUUUUUUUUUCAUGACGUUUCUUAAAAUUAUGAUAAACAUUUUUAAUUUAUUUUUUCAGACAAGGACACGUGACAAUUUUACAUUUCAGUACCACUUUCAGGCACAAGAAUAAGUUAUAUUUGUAUUAUCACUGGGUCAGUUUUUAAUCAAUACAAAUAUUACUUUAGCAUGUGUAAAGUGUUAUCAUUAUGCAAUGUUUUGUGACUGAAAGAAAUAAUAAAAUUUCUUUAUUUAAUAUUCA